AUGGGUCCAACAGCGCGGAAGGUCGUGGAGACAUUCCGUUUUUCUCCGCCAGCUGAAGGUGAGCAAAGAAGCGACACAGUGGGAGCCAUUUUUGCGAAGUUCGACGAGAGAUACCUUCCGUACAAAAACGUGACGCAAGCGACAGCCGUCUUCAACAGCAUGUGGCAGAAAGAAAACCAGCCCAUUGACGAGUUCAUUGCUGAACUCCAGCAGCAAGCAGCAAGAUGCGACUUCGGGGACAAGCAUGACCGCCUCCUGGGCGACAGGAUCAUCGUCGGCAUUCGUGAUGCAGCACUUCGAGAAAGGCUGUUUCGCGAGAGAGACCUAACAAUGGAGAAAAUUGUCGCAACGUGCAGAAUUGCAGAAAUAUCCAAGCAGCAUGUGUCUUCGCUAGCAACGACAGCGGAUGGACAAAAAGUGAAUGUGGACAACUUGAACAGAAAACACAAGCAAGCUCGACAACAAGCACCCGACAAGCAACAGCCCAGAGCACAACCAUCGUUGUAUCGAAGAAACAGUCAGCCUAGAGAAACAGUACCUCAACGCACAUGCGGCAGGUGUGGAACCUUGCGCCAACCCCGACAUUGCCCCGCCUACGGCUCUACCUGCUACGCGUGUGGGAAGUUAGGACACUACGCGAGUGUUUGCCGUCAGAAGCAACGGACAAUGCAGAGAAAAGUUCGGAUGCUUGGCGCCGACCAGGGUUACGACCCCGACCGGGAACUCUUCUUGGGAAGCCUCACCGUGGACAUUGUGGAAAAUGUAUCAUCAGACUGGUUCGAAUGCGUCGAAGUGAAUGGCCGCGACGUGAACUUUAAAUUGGACACGGGGUCCGACGUGAACAUUCUCCCUGAGCAGCUAGUGUUGAAAUGGAAGCCCCAGCCGACUGUGACAACAACAAAAGCAAAGGUCACAACUUACCUCGCAUUGUGGUUGAGACUGAUCACAAACCUCUCAUCGGUCUUCAGUGCAAGGAUUUCCACAAAGUUUCCCCCAGGCUACAACGCGUACUACUUCGACUUCAGCGCUACAAUGUGA